CGAACGAGUACUGGCAGUUCUGGGAGCGGACGCGGGCGCGGGGGAAGUUGGCCUCGUUGCGCUCUUUCACGUUGACGUCGACCUGCACGAUGCCCUGCCUAGCAGACGUACGCGCGGCCAACGCCGCCAUCCUCGGCGCUCUCAAAACCGUGCCGGUCGCCGUCUUCGUCGGCGGGACGAGCGGGAUCGGCCAAGCGACCGCGGAAGCGUUCGCGCGCCAUACCAAGGGAAACGCGCAUAUUAUUAUAUGUGGACGGAACCGCCAAGCGGCGGAGAAGAUAUUCGAGUGCAUCCCCAGCCCCACCUCGCCCGAGGCCAAGCGCGAGUUCGUUGAAUGUGAUGUGACGCUGAUGAAGAACGUGCACUCGGUGUCUCAGGAUCUUGUGUCGCGCCUGCCCAAGCUCAAUUACCUCGUGCUCACCACCGGCAUCCUCACCAUGAAGGCCCGGGACGAGACGUCCGAGGGCAUUGACAAGAAACUCGCCGUGCACUAUUAUGCCCGGUGGAAGUUCACCUACGACUUGAUGCCGCUGCUGCGCAAGGCGAAAGAACAGGGUGAAGACGCAAAGGUCCUCACCGUGCUCGCGCCAGGUAACGGCGGUAAGAUCGACCUCGACGACCUCGGCUUGAAGAAGCGUUACAGUACGAGCAACGCCGCCUACUCCGCACCGACCUACAACGACCUAAUGAUCGAGUCCUUCGCCGCAAGGAACCCCAAGAUGGCGUUCAUCCACGCCUACCCCGGCGUCGUCCGCACGCCGCUCCUCAAGGCGACAAAUCCGCUGUUGAGACCCUUCAACCCGCUCAUGACCGGCCUCCUCUACCCCAUUUCGCACGCACCUGCCGACACGGGCGAGUUCAUGCUCUACAACAUGCUCCAGAGUAACGAGGGCUGGUUCAGGCGCGGCGACACCGGCGAGGACAUGGGGAAGAAGAAGUACUACUCGACGGACGAGGGGCGGGAGAAGCUUUGGGAGCAUACCGUGAAGGAGACCGGCACUGUUGGUGACGAGUAGAGUGUAUCGGAUUCUGUCGACAACAUCUUGGAUUCAUGUACAUCAUACCCUGACACGCUUUGCGCACGCAAUAUAAUGCAUUCCUUU